AUGGAUGAGAUGGAAGAAUGCAUCGAAGAACUGAGAAAUGAUAUCAAUCAAUUGAAGGAACAAAUGGCCCAAAUUCUAGAGAUGUUGCAGUCUAUACAAGUGAAAAAUGUAGAAGGGGCCCCUCCAGUAGCUAGAGGAGAAUCGUCAACUUCUCCUGCGUAUCCACCUGGCUUUACCCCAACCCCAACACAACCAUUAACCCUACAUCUUAACAAAUCUAGUCAACAAGUUGAUCCUCCAGAGGUCCAAUGGCCACCAUAUGGCCUUCCGCUCAACUACACACCUCCAACACUCAUGGAUCCUCCAGAUAAGCACCAACCAUUGGUGAAUCAGCCACCUACACAAAUGCAGCCUACCCAACCUGAGGUUUCUUCCAUGAAUAUAACCUCUUAUAAACAUCAAGUUCCCUACCAACUCCAAAAUUCUAAUUUUAUCAACCAAGGGAACCCUCACCAAACUUCUGGGGGAUAUCAACUAACCUCUGGAAUUGAGCAUGUUCAGUCUAGUGAGAAGUUACAAAUGCUAGAAGAGAGGCUAAAGGUUGUGGAAAGAGGUUUGAACUACACAACAUGUCUAAAAAAGAUGGUGAAACGUUUAAGGAAUAUGCUUAAAGGUGGAGAGAAGUGGCAAGAAGUGGAACCUCCUUUGUCUGAUAGAGAAGUGGUAGCCCUGUUCAUUGAUACUUUACAAGCAUUGUUCUAUGAUAAGAUGAUUGGGAAUAUUUCAUCAAAUUUCUCUAAUAUAGUCAUCAUCGAGGAAAGAAUUGAGAAUGGCAUGAGGAGUGGAAAGAUUGUGGUUGACUCUAGUGAAAUAGCUAGUUCAAGAAAAUUUUCAAAUGGUGUAGGAAAGAAAAAGGAAGGAGAUACAAAUACAGUGACAUUCAACUCCCCUAGGUUACCUAACAACCAACCUCCUUAUUUCUAUACCCCUCACAAGGCCUACCCAAAUAUCACUGCCAUCUCACCAUAUCCUCACCAACCUAUCCAUCAAGCUCUACAAGCUUCACUCGCAACACCUACCGCACGACCACCUCAAUCUACCCAGCCAUGGAACCAAAAUUCUAGCCAUGUGAGGUCACAAAAUACACGAGAUCGGAAACCAAUUGAGUUUGACCCUAUCCCUAUGUCCUAUACUGAGUUGUUCCCUCUCCUACUACAAAAUUCACUAGUAGUACCUUGUCUGAUGAAGCCCGUAGAACCACCAUAUCCUAGGGGAUACGACAUUAAUGCCAAAUGUGAUUAUCAUGCGGAAGCUAUUGGUCACUCCCUUGAAAAUUGCAGAGCACUAAAAAUUAAGGUACAAAGUUUGACUAAGGCUGGGUGGUUAAACUUUAAAGAGGAUAAUCCUAAUAUUGGGAACAACCCUCUACUAGGUCAUGGAGGGUCAACAAUUAAUUCUGUUGAGGGAAAUAGAUGGGGUCCCUAUCAGUGA